AUGGCCACCAACACGAUGCCCAGUGCCACCAAGGCUCCUGUGACCGAGACCACACAAGAAGAUCGCAUCGCUAAGGCCUUUGAGCACUUCUGGACGCAAUUAUGUGAAAACAGCCAACAGUGGAUGACGACUUCUGCCUCUGUGGCUUCACUCCACUCCAACCCCUCACAGAAAGGAAACAAACCAAGACAAUCCAGGCUAAAACCUAAGGCAGAGCGGCACAUGGGGAAGCAGAGGCCUCAUAAAGAGUCCAGAGGCAGACGGCUUAACCCAGCUAAAACCUGCAGCUCGCACAGGCCACAGUCUCUGAAGAGAAGAACUCUUCCACACCACUCACUACCUCAGAUGAUCCCCAUACAUCACAAGCAACGGAAUCCUCUUGCAACAAUGCAAGGGAUUUCUUAG